CCCUACAUAUUGGUAUUGCCCCGAUUGUUUUCACUGUUGCAGGCAAUUUAGUUUCGAUUUCAGAAUAUAUGUGUUAUCAACUGAACGCCGUUUGUUAUAAUUCACUCUAAAUCGAAACCACGGUAAAAUCAAGGUGCAGUCGGGAGACUUGUGGGUAUAAAAUUCACAUUUGACAGCUGUCAGGAGUCAGGACAAAACACGCAGGCAAUGGCGUUUCAGGUGUCAAAACUUGCCACUCGUGUUUCGCUCUCAAAUAGCGUUGGCUUAUUAUCAAGCGCUGAAAACAGAUGCCCGAGUCGUCUAAAGUCCGUCAGCAAAUUCGCACAUUUUCACAGACUCUGCAGCGCAGGUAAAGGGGUAUUGCAUUCCCAGGGGGUCUUUGCUAAAGCACAGAGGUGGGAGAAGGUCUCGACAGCCUCAAGUUCACUCUGGUCAUUGAAGCCCCGCGGUUCCACCAGAGUUGCCCUCGGUGCGGUGGGGCUGUCAGCUGCGGUCAUCGCGACUCUGCACACCGGCACACUGCACGCCAUGAGCGAGCGGACUCACCUGAACCUGCAUUCACCCAACACUGACUGGAAAGAGACAAAGAAUCAGCUUUGCUCUAUGGAUAGGGAAAAUAGGAGGAAAGUGUACAAGGACUACAUUCCUCUGGAGAAGAUUCUUGUCUGGACUCCAUCAGGUGACUCCUUUUGUUCACCUCACUACAAACCCAAUGAAGAGCUGAACAAGAAAAUUUCCCUCUUCUGUGGUGACAUCACAAAACUGGAGAUUGAUGCGAUUGCCAACGCAGCUAACAAGACACUGCUGGGUGGAGGAGGAGUGGAUGGUGCCAUUCAUCGCGGAGCCGGUCCUCUGCUGAGAAAGGAAUGUGCGACUUUGAACGGCUGUGAAUCAGGCGAGGCCAAGAUGACCGGUGCCUAUGGCCUGCCUGCAAGAUUUGUCAUUCACACCGUGGGCCCAAUAGUCCAAGAUUUGGUGGGGAAGAGAGAGGAACAAGCACUGAGAAACUGUUAUUAUAACUGCCUGCACACAGCGACUAAAAACCACCUGCGGACUGUGGCUUUUCCCUGCAUCUCAACUGGAGUAUAUGGAUACCCUCCUGAUCAAGCAGUCGAAGUUGCCCUGAAAACAGUGAGAGAAUACCUGGAGGAAAACCAUGAGAAGUUGGACCGGGUCAUCUUCUGUGUGUUUCUGAAAUCUGACAAAGAGCUGUACGAGAAGAGGAUGUCUGCCUACUUCCCACAAGCCUGCUGACCAGUCAGAGACAUCAUUUAGAGGACAGGUUCACCACCAAAGAGCAAAUUAUGAGAAGAUAUCAUAGUUGCUGUGGAAACACCACACAAGUUCAACCUGCUUCUCUGUCACAUCUGUGUGUCUCGCAUUUACCUGAUGCUGCCCAGCAAACAACAAUGACAACAUCAAUAACAGCUGCCUGACACUAUCUGAUUCAUUAAAAUCGCCAAGCAAUAUUACAGUAAAAUUCAGUGAUUGAUAUACAUUUCCCAGUGGAGUCGUAUUGCUAUUGGAUUGAUAAAAGUGUCAGCUUACAAGUGAAAUGUCUUAACAAAGCAUUAACAGAAAAAAAUGAAUAAACAAAUGUAUAAAAAUGUG